UACCAAACAUCAACGUUAGCCAACUGUUACUUCUGCAACUACGUUAACGUUACCGGGUGGAUUCUGGUAGUUUUUGAUAUAAAAUGGCUUUUGUUUCACACAGUCAGAGAGAUACAAACGGAAGUUACACCUUCUCCAGCCGGCCCAGACCUGUUGAGAACCGCUCCAAAUACAGAGAGCCUCCGUCUGAACAGACGCACAGUAAUUAUGGAAACAUUAUGUAUGACCGUCGUGUUGUCAGAGGAAACACUUACGCCCAACACAUCAUACCAACUGCCGCUCAGCUGGACCCUAGUGAAAUACAAAGACAGCAGGAGAUCAGGCGGAGAGCCAUUUCUGAAAAACGAGCCAGGGAGCAGUUUAUAUCGAGGACGCCUGAAGCCCUGCAGGGCAGAAAACACAUUGAUGUACAAACAGAUCUUUAUCUCGAAGAAUUGAGUGAUGUUAUAGUGGCUACAGACAUCGAGUGCCAGACUGAUGCUUUCCUGGACAAACCGGCAACACCGCUCUUCAUACCUGCCAAAUCUGGCAAAGAUGUCGAAACCCAGAUAGAGGAGGGAGAGUUGUUUGACUUUGACAGGGAGGUGCAGUCGGUGUUGGAGGUCCUGGUGGGUAAGACAAUAGAGCAGUCUCUGGAGGAGGUGAUGGAGGAGGAGGAGCUGGCCUGUCUGAGGGCCACGCAGAGGGCCUUCGAAGAGCUCCGAAAUAACGAGCUGGCAGAGGUGUUGCGUCUUCAGGAGCAGGAGAGACGCCACAGUAAAGAGAAAGAGCGUAGAAUUUCCCAGCAGAAGGAGGUGCUGAAGAAAGAAAGAGAGACGGCAGAGAAGAUUGCUGCCCGGGCGUACACCCAGCAGUACCUGGCUGACCUCUUCCCUGCGGUCUUUACCUCGCUGAGAAGAGACGGAUACUUUUAUGACCCCGUGGAGAAAGAUAUUGAGACUAAUUUCUUCCCAUGGCUGACGUCUGAGGUUAACAAGAGUUUGGAGAAGAGAUUCACAGCAAGAGCGCUGCUGGACACUAUCAUCUGUGACGUCGCCCAGAACAGACUGGAGGCGUUCAAAGACACACAGUGACAAUGAUUCACUGAGAGGUCAAGGGCAUGAGUGCAUUCUCAAAAAUAAAACGUUUUUUUUACUUACGAAA